AUGAAUCCAAAUGACGAGGAUUUCGAGCGUGUUGUAUCGGGAUUAUUAGAAAAAAAUGUGAGUGACAUCAGCGAUACGGAAGAUCGAUUUUUGCACGACACUCACUGCUUAGAAUCGGAUCACGACACUGCGAGUGAACUAUGCGACACAGAAAAUCAAGAUCCAGCACUUGUCUCUGACUCUGAUGAUGAGCCUCUAAUCAAUUUGACAAGCAAUAGGCAAUACUUUUUAGGAAAAAAGGUCGGAAAUAAACAGCAGUUUAAAUGGUAUAAAGAUCCUUUCCGUAGCAGUGUUAGAACUCCAAGACACAAUAUUGUAGAAGUUCAAAGACCUAUCGGAACGCGUGAUUGCACUGAAAAAAUAGACUUCUGGAACAUUUUGUUUAGUGAAGAUAUUUUACAUAUAAUUGUUUUACAUAGCAAUCGAAAGUUAGAGGAUAUGAGACAGAAGUAUAAAAGAGAAGAGAGGCCUGAAUUGAAAAACAUAGAUAUUACAGAAUUAUGUGCUUUGAUUGGUUGCUUAUUAUAUACAGCAAUUUUUAAAAGCAACAAAGAGUAUAUCGCGUCUUUGUUUGCUACAGAUGGCAAAGGUAGGGAAAUAUUUCGGUGUGUUUUUUCACAAAAGCGUUUUCUUAUGUUACUGACGGUUUUGCGUUUCGAUGAUCCCACUACCAGAGAAGAAAGAAAGAAGACAGAUCCAGCUACACAUGUAUCUGAGUUGUAUGAUAUUUUCAUAUCAAACUGUCAAAAAUAUUAUACUCCUGGCCCUCAUAUGUGCAUCGACGAAAUGCUUGUUAGAUGCCGCUGUCGCUGUAAAAUUCUCAUGUAUAUGCCAAAGAAACCAGGAAAAUAUGGCAUAAAGGUUAUGUGUAUGACAGAUGCUUCGAACAAUUAUCUCUACAAUGCUUACAUAUACUGUGGAAAAGACACCGACGGGCAAGGACUGACUGAUGAAGAAAAAGAGUUUUCAAAACCUACACAGAGUAUUUUACGCCUGACAAAACCAAUUCAAAAUACAAACAGGAACAUUACCGGAGAUAACUGGUUCACAUCGAUUGAGGCAGUAGAUCUUCUGAAGAAAAAUGGUCUCACGUACGUGGGCACUAUGAAUAAAAUCAAACGAGAAAUACCUACGGAUUUUUUGCCCAAAAGAUCAAGACUUGUAGGAGAAACUCUUUAUGGCUUUACGAAGGAAAUGACUAUGGUCUUGUAUGUACCAAAGCGCAACAAAGCAGUCGUUCUUUUAUCAUCCAUGCAUCAUGACAAGUGUAAUGAUGAAGAAGGUGAAAAAUCAGAUAUUAUUUUAUUUUACAAUUCCACUAAAAAUGGUGUUGAUGGUCUGGAUAAAAUGUGCAAAAAUGCAAGAAAUAUUGACACAUACACUUUUCUAAGCGAGAUAGCUGACGAACUUUGUAAACCUCACAUGUUGCGCCGUUAUAACAAUCCCAAUAUUUCUCGCGACGUUCGUGCUUCUAUCAAGAGAAUCUUGAAAAUAGAAGAUACAGACCCUGGUCCCCAAACAUCUGAAAAGCUGGCGAUACGAGGAACGUGCACUAUAUGUCCAGCUUAG